AUGAUCACCUUCCUCCAACUCCUCAGCCUCUUCUUCAUUGCUUCCAAAGUGGAUGAAGAGGACAAGGACAAAGACUCUAAGUAUGACCUGUCCUUGUACAAACGUGGCGACCUUUUGGAAGUUCCUAGAACUCUCUUCACCCAUUUCGGCAUCUACCUGGGCAACAACCGGGUGGCCCACUUCAUCCCGGACAUCCUUCCGGUAUUCACCAAGAACAAGGCUGCCAUCGGCAAGAUGGUGACCAACAACCGGCUGAUUCUAGGGGUGAUCGCCAAGUCGGCGAGCGUCAGGGUGGACUCGUUGGCGGAUUUUGCGUAUGGCUCGGAGAUCCUGGUCAACCACAUGGACAAGCUGUGCAGCCAGCCCCCCCUGGAAGGGGACGAGGUGGCCAGGAGGGCAGAGAAGCUCAUGGGCUCCAUGACCUACAGUUUGCUGUGGUACAACUGUGAACACUACGUCAUGUACUGCCGCUAUGGCAUGGCCAUCAGCUACCAGACCUACCAGUUCUGUUUGACAGUGAGGAAGAUCAUCUGCAGCAGGAUGAACGCCUACCUCACAGCUCUGUGUGGAAUGGGCACCGUGUUAUACCUGGGCUCCCUAACGCUGCUCAACACAGUACCCACCCUGCUCAUCCCCUUCACCAUCUGGAUGGCAUCGUAAAAACGUCCACAGACACACAGAGAGGCUCAUUGACAUGACUGCGGAAUAUGGAAGGCUUAAAUCAUGUCCCUCUAUCAGUAUCACUGUUCAUGGGAGAGAAAAAAGCAUUGUGGGAAAUGUCACGUUUGUGUUGAUCGUCAUUUUUAUUAGACAUAUUAUAUUAGUUUAAAGUUUUUUUUUUAUAGAAGAGUACAUCUUACACAUCUGGUAUUUACUGUGUAUAACAGUCUUUAAAUGGACAGCCAUGUUAUUUAAAAAAAAAGUUGUUCCUGAUAAAGGCAUUGCUUUGACAGUAUAUAAUGGACAUCUCGGCCUUUAUGGUCACAAUUAUACAGACAAUAAUGACAUUGGGACAGGAUGGACAAGGUGCCAUACUCCGACAGGGUGAAUGUACUGAACUGUGGCUUUCAACUAAAUUCACACGCCUACUCUCCCUUGCGCAACUUUUCAAUUAGCCUAUUGUAUCUGAAUUCUUCUUUAUUUAAUACUAAAUUGUGCAAAUUGUCUUCUCCUGUUGUUGCCCUUAACUAU